CAUUGCCUCUCUCACUCCCCCACUUUGUCGCCACACACGGCCACCAUGUGACCUUGUGGCCAUUCUUCCCUUCCUGCCAUGUCAAGAAGAUGCGGUGGUUCGGCUCCCACUUGAAAUCCCCACACCUUCCCACCUGUUCUUCCUCCCCUUCCUCCCUCUGGCGUUCCAUAUAUAUUAGACGAGUCUCACUGCAUUCCCUGAUCUCUUCUCCUCACCCUCUUCCUUCCCAAAUUCCAAACUCUAGAUCUAUCAGGCCUUCAAAUGGCCUCCCUCUCCUCUUCAACCAUUAUUGUUCUUCUGCUGCUUCUCUUCCUCCAUGUUAGCCUCACCAUUUCCUCCUCCUCUUCCACCACCACCACCACUUCCCCUGCUUCGAAGUCACAAAAGCCACAACUUUCAAGCAAAAGAUCCAUGAUUGAAGCAGGAGAGGAAGGUGAAAAGAUUCAGAAUCCCACACUCGUCAAGAAGAAACCAUUCUUGGGGACUAAAAACCAGACCAAACUCUUAAAGCCCAAAAAGACCAACUCCACCGCCACAGCUGCCGCAGCCGCCGCCAUCGCCAUGGAUUCCAAAUCCAACAAAACCACCAAGAAUAAGCUCGGUAAAAUCCUUGACGCCACCUUGAAAACCUCAAAUUCCACCAAGCUUCUCAAAACCAUCAAGCUUAUCAAGUCCAAUCUGACAAAAUCCUCCAAAGACCAGCUCAAAUCUCUCAAUUCCACCUCCAAUUCCACCAAAUCUUCCAAAAAAUCGGUUUUUGAUCCGCCCAUUGCCAAGAUCAAGACCACAUCCGCCCCCAAAGCUCCCAAACCGCAGCAACCCAGCAAGCCUCCCGUGGCGACGAAGCCGUCCAUGCCCAAGGCGAAGCCGGAGGAAUCGACGGCCUGGAUGGAGACAAUGGACGACAUGGACCACACGGAUCUCAUCUCCGACUUUCGGGAGCUCCCCUCCCGCCUGCUCCCCGACCUCGAGCGCCUCUCCACCACCUCCAAGGCCUACAUCUCCGCGGCCAACCGCGGCAUCGCCGAAGGCGUCAAGCCUUACGUGGGCAAGAGCUUCGCCCCCAAGGUUGCCCCCGUGCUCUCCUCCCUCUUCCUCGCGCUCCCCCUGCUCCUCUUCACCCUCCUCUUCCGCCGCCUCCGUACCUACCUCUCCCUCCACCGUCUGCUCCUCUUCAUCCAGGCCUAUCUCGCCAUCUACUUUGCCACCCUCGCGUUGACCGCCUUGGCGACGGGGCUGGAGCCCCUGCGGUUCUUCUACGCCACCUCGCCGGGCUCCUACACCUGGACGCAGGCGGCGCAGACGACCGGCUACCUAAUGUACCUGGUGCUGCAGCUGGCCGACCUGGUCGCGGUGUUCUCCGGCGGCAAGAACGCCGGCGGUGGCGGUGCGUCGGCGCGGGCGCUCGCCCUGGCGCAGAUGGUGAUCGGCCUGGCGGUGGGGGUGCACUACUACGCGGCCGUGUUCCACCGCGCGGUGAGCGGCGAGGCACCGCGGGCCAACUGGCGCGUGCACAGCGUCUACGCCGCGUGCUUCCUCGUGAUUUGCACGUGCGCGCGAGCGGAGAGGAGGAAGAAGGCGUACUACGAAGGGGGAGAAGACGGGAAGAAGAGUUAAAACUUUCGGGGGCAUUAUCGGAAGCGUAUCACAGGGGUAUAACGGGAAGAGUGGAAGAUACCGAUUGCGGGUGUAAUUUGGGAAGAGCAUUACGUUCUCCUAAUAUUUCUCAUCACCAUUUUACUUUCCAUGUUAUUUAUUACUUCUAGCUAUGUAACCAUAAAAAAUGUAAUAAGGUGUGGAUUGGGGAUAAGAACACGAGAGAGAGAGAGAGAGAGAGAGAGAGAGAGAGAGAAGAGGUAGGAAAUUAAAGUGAUGAUGCACUGAACAAGACAAAACUUGCUUCUGUUGUUUGAUGGUGUCUGGCCUCAUUCGAUUCGCAUAACAUGAUAAAUGACAUCUUUAAUUAUUUCA